UUACUGACCCCAAAUUGUUUGGGACCGAGGCAUAUUCAAUUAUUCAUUGUUGUUGUACCCACUUUAUUCUCUUUUCUUUGCCUAUAUUUACCUACCUUUGACAUCCUUUCUACCACAAUCUUUUCACCUUGUUCAUUGCUCUCAAUAUGACCAUGACUAUACUUCACAUGAGGAAAACUCACUUGUAUGUCUCACUGUUACUCCACUUCUUUCAUUACUCUUAUUCCCAGAAGACAUGUCCAAACUGUGGUUCUCUAGAAGUUCCAUAUCCUUUGAGCACAAAUCCUGACUGUGGCAACCGUGACUAUUCUAUUCGUUGUAAUCCUCACUCUCAAAAACUCUAUCUUGAUACACUUAACGGAAGCUCUUAUGUCAUCCUCAGAUUUAUGGCCUCAUUCCGGCGUAUGGUGGUGCAACCAUCACCCUGGCUACCUGGUACAUGUGUUACACAAGACAUGCCAAUUAGUGAAGGACUAUGGUUGAACCAGACUCUUCCUUUUAACGUUACUUCUUCUAACACUAUCUUCUUAUUUAAUUGUUCUCCUCGGCUUCUGAUAUCUCCUUUAAAUUGCACACCUUCUAGUUUGUGCCACAAAUAUCUGCAUAGCUCUGGACAUGUAGAUGCUAAAAGGGAACUUCAAUGUGCAAGUGGUCUUGAUCCAUGCUGCACUUUUGUCGCUGGAGGUAUGCCCUCGGCGUACAAGAUACGCCUUCAUAGCUCAGGGUGCAGAGCAUUUAGAAGCAUUCUACACUUGGAUGCUGAGAAGCCGGCUAAUGAAUGGGAGGAAGGAUUGGAAAUUCAAUGGUCUCCACCACCUGAACCACACUGUAGAUCACAAUCUGAUUGCUCUGGUGCUUCUACAUGUUCACCUUCUGGUAAAAAUGGUGUCUUUUGCUGCUUUUGCAAUCGUGACUAUUAUUGGAACCAAACCUUAGGAACUUGCAUGAAGAAGAAGAAGAAGAAACAUUCUGGAAUUGUAUUAAAGAUGUCUAUAGGGAUUGUUUUGUUUUUGGCUUUCACUAUUGUGAUGAUUGCAGUGACCUUGAAAAGAUCAGGUAGAUUUUCAACCAGGGCUAGACUUGCCAAGACAAGAGAAGACAUACUAAAAUCAAACAACGGCGGAAAACCAGCCAAGAUGUUUUGUCUCAAGGAGAUAAAGAAAGCUACAAAUGGAUUCUCAAAAGACAGAAUCUUGGGUCAUGGUGGUUUUGGAGAAGUUUAUAAGGGAGAGCUUCGCGAUGGAACUAUUGUAGCAGUAAAGUCAGCCAAAGUAGGAAAUGUGAAGAGCACUGAACAAGUACUCAAUGAAGUAGAGAUACUUUCUCAAGUCAAUCACAGGAACUUGGUCAAGAUUUUAGGUUGCUGUGUCGAAGCUGAACAGCCUUUGAUGAUUUACGAAUACAUUUCCAAUGGUACCCUACAUGAUCAUUUACAUGGAAAGUAUUCGACCUUUCUUGACUGGAAAACAAGGUUAAAAAUUGCUUCACAAACUGCAGAAGCAUUGGCUUAUCUUCACUCAGCUGCUUACCCUCCUAUCUACCACAGAGAUGUCAAAUCUACAAACAUACUCCUGGAUAAAGAAUUCGAUGUCAAAGUUUCAGAUUUUGGGCUAUCAAGAUUGGCUUGUCCGGGGUUGAGUCACGUCUCCACUUGUGCUCAGGGGACGUUAGGGUACUUGGAUCCUGAAUAUUUUCGUAGCUACCAGCUAACUGAUAAAAGUGAUGUUUACAGUUUCGGGGUUGUGUUACUAGAACUUCUUACUUCUCAGAAGGCAGUUGACUUCUCACGAGACGAAGAUAGUGUCAACUUGGUUGUUUAUGUUAUUCAGCGAGCAAACAAUGGUUCCGUUGCAGAAGUGGUGGACAGACGCUUGCUUGGCGAGGAGGAGCCUUUGACUCGGGUAAUGACUGGUAUGAAUACAUUCUUGGAGCUUGCACUUGCAUGUUUAAGAGAAAAAAAGGCAGAGAGACCGUGCAUGAAAGAUGUCGUUCAGCAUCUUAAUUCGCUGCUUAAGUGAAAUAGUUGAUCAAGAAGAGCCUUCCAAUUGAGGUUAGUUAGUGUAAAGUUGAAUUUGUAGAAGGCAUUGAUCUUUUGAUUGUACUGAAAAUGAUGCCUGGAAAAGACUAUAGUGUUUUGUUACACUUGAGAAGUUGAGAAGAUAUAAAGGAGGUUUGAGGUUGGGAUGAGAUCCUUACUUUGACCAGAAAGCAUGAAUAAUAAUGAAGUCAUGGAUUUCCAAUUAUGUGAAAGUUGUUCAGCCCCAUGCACAAGGCAUCCCGCGUUCACGCAGGGUCCGGGAGAGUUCGAGCUGCUUUCACUGCUCGAACCCGUGAUCUAUAGGUAACACGUAGACAACUUUAUUGUUGCUCCAAGACUCCCGUUCUCCGGGCAAAUUGGCAACCAUAACUUUAAGUGGCUAUUGGCUAAUCAUUGCCAUUUUAGUGUAUACUGAAACUUUGAUUUGAAACCUUUGGUUCUUUCUUCUCUCCUUACUUGACAUGGUGUACCAAUUUCUACCUUUUAUCAUAUAACAGUACCUAAUAUUGAGAUAGA